UCUUUGGCUUCGGUCUAACAAACUGUGGUCGCUUUGAUCUACCAGUGCAAGAUCUCAGUUGACAAAAUCAAAUUCUUCUGCUGUCUUGAAGCCGGGAUUCUAAGGAUCUUUCUAAAUCAAACAGUGAACAGGGUGGAAUAACCGGGUUAAAAACUUAAGUGUUCUACCGACAUUCACGAAGAUUUCUUCUCGAAUAUCUCUUCCCAGUCAAUCGUGGCCUAACGAAGGUACAAAUUAUGUUCUGGAACUCCCCUCGCUCCCAUAUAAAGCGCGACUCCAACAAACCUUUCUCCAGCCUCUCGCAUUCCAGAUCUUUCUUCUCGAUUUCCAUUUCCAAUGGCUUCUAGUGAUCAAGAUGUAACACUGCUCAGCUUUUGGGCCAGCCCCUUCUCGAUGCGAGCCAAGCUUGCACUGUUGCUCAAGGGCAUCGAGCACGAAGAUCUCCCCCAGGAUUUGGGCAACAAGAGCAAGAUCCUACUCGAGUCCAAUCCAGUUCACAAGAAGGUCCCGGUUCUCAUCCACAAGGGCAAGCCCAUCGCAGAGUCGGCCAUCAUCGUCCACUACAUCGACGAGGUUUGGCCUGGAACAUCGCCACUCUUGCCAAAAGACGCAUUCCUCCGCGCAGAGCACCGCUUCUGGACCGAUUUCAUCGACAAGAAGCUGCUGGACUGCUUGAUGCGUUUCGUGCGCGGGAACGACAAAGAUGCCGCAAACGAGGAAUUCAUCGCCAACUGCGUGCUUCUCGAGGGGGCCUUGACGAAGCUGGGGAGUGAACAAGAGGGUCCCUUCUUCGGCGGCGCGAGCUUCUCCUUCUUAGAUGUGAUGCUCGCUCCCUACGCCCCCGGGGUUGUGGGAGUGAUGGGCUUGAAGCAUGCCAGCGAGGAGCAGUGCCCGCGUCUCCACAAGUUCUUCGAGGCCGUGUCCGAGCAUCCCGCUGCCAAGGGCGCACUGCCCCCGGUCGAGAAGCUCAAGGAAUUAAUCCGAAAUAAGUAGAAACCUUUGCAUGAAUAACACUUUUCCAGCCAUAUCUUGAUUGAGCAUAUUGAUAGCUAAAACAUUGAUCAGAUAACAUAAUGACAAUGUCACUACUGUUUGGAUUGAUCGCAUUCUAGAAUUCUACUGUUCUCUCGA